CUGCUCCUGCUCCUGCUGGUCUGCUCGGGGCUCCAUGGCGCUCUGGCUGACCCUGGUCAUCGUUCUCACCUGCUUUGGCGGCCUCGCCUCCCCGGGCCCUGUGCGCCCCCUCACGGUCGUCAAAGAGCUCAUUGAGGAGCUGGACAACAUCACCCAGAAGGUGAGUGCCCCGCUCUGCAAUGGCAGCAUGGUGUGGAGUGUCAACCUGACAUCUGGCUCGUACUGUGCAGCCUUCGAGUCACUGAUGAACGUCUCCGACUGCCCCGCCAUCCAGAGGACCCAGAGGAUGCUGAGCGCUCUGUGCCCUCGCAAGCCCUCAGCCGGGCCGGCCUCCAGCCCGCCCGUCCGCGACACCAAGGUGGAAGUGACCCGGCUUGCCAAGGACCUGCUGCAGCAGCUCAGGAAGGGUGUUCGCCAAGGGAAGUUCGAAUGAGAGCAACAGCGGGAACCGCUGGCCUCCCUGUUGGCAGAGCUGACCCACCCAUUUGAGUUGCAGAUUCGUUUUC